AUGGCAGCCCCCGAAGCGAUACAAGUCAGUUCCUUACCGUUACCACCCGUUCAAUACAUAAAUGUGUACACGGACGAGAAUGUACGACGUGGACGAGUUCCGCGACCACCGCCGCCGAUCCACGAUAAUUACAGUAUGUUCGGCAACGUGUUUAACGCGGAGGACACGAUCAUCAGGCCACUGGAAGCUCAGGGUAUCAAAAGACUGUACCCGCAACACUUUGAUCGUCGACGUGAACUGAAAAAGCUCAAUCACUCUCUGCUUGUAAAUUUCUUGGAUUUGAUAGACUUGCUCGUUCAAUGCCCCGACAGUCCAAGACGUGCAGAAAAGGUUGAAGAUUUGAGUUUGUUAUUUAUUCAUAUUCAUCAUCUACUGAAUGAGUUUAGACCACAUCAAGCCAGAGAAACAUUACGUGUAAUGAUGGAAUUACAACGUAGACAACGGCUUGAAACUGCAAUGCGUUUUCAGAAGCAUCUUGAAAAGGUCCAGGAAAUACUGCAGCAAGCUUUACAAAUGCUCCCAGACGCAGAACUGGAUUCCAAACUUGCAAUAAACACAGAUGCUAUGGAGUCUGUAGAUAACUUAGGUUUUGAGCAACAGACUAUAGAUCCAUGUUGUCCAAGUGAUCGUAUUAUGUGCAAAGUGAUAGACGACAUUAUUUCUUCAAAUGGAUUGUUUUAAGAUUACUUGCUUCAAAGUGUUUACCAUCCUAUGAAUGGACAGAUAUGCUAUACAGAUUGUACAUAUAAGUUAUAGUAAAAUAUUAUAAAUGUA